AUGGCCACCAACAUCGAAGAAAAGGACGAAUUUAUGGAUGGGCCACUUGUUAUAUGGUUGAGAUCGUGCCUUGAAAAUCCUAGUGGUUUAGUUGAUUAUGAAGAUUUAUUAGAUGGAGUUCUUAUCUAUCAAGUGCUUUUGCAAAUAGAUCCCGAGCCUACCUUUACUGGUGUCGUGCCUAGCCUUGGUAAUUCUCAAGCAAUUAUAAGAAAUUUAGAUAUAAUAUUAAAAAAUAUACAGUAUUUGUAUCAAGAAGAAUUCGGUCAAACAGUCAUUAUGAUUCCCGAUGUUGUAAGAUUAGGAACAGAACCAAAUACUCCUGCUGGAAGGCAAGACAUGGCUUUAUUACUUUUACUUUUACUUUCUUGUGCUGUGCAAUGCCCCAAUAAAAAAAUAUUUAUCGAUAAAAUUAAAUUAUUAGAUGUUGAUGUUCAACAUUCUAUAGUCGACUGUAUCAAAAAGGUUACUGAUACUCCUUUAAUGGUUAUCGGUAAUGAUAAUCAAGACAGUAUUAGCCAUGAUAUUUUAAUGGAUCAUGUUAGGCAUUUAGUCAAAGAAAGAGAUAGAUAUUUACAAAACUGGAUAACAUCUGCCACAUGUGAAACAAGGUUGUCUAAUUCUGAAAAAAAAAAUAAACAAAUAUCUAAUGUAAGCUCAGAAUCGCAUCAUUUGGCAGUAGAAUUGGCCGAUUGGAAAUCGAAACUUAGAAAACAAAGACAAGAACUCGAGGAAAAAACAGAAGCGUUAACGGAAUGCAAAGAAGAAUUGGAACAUCACAGAGCCAUGGUGACAAAACUGAGGCAAGAAGUUGCCGAUGUUGUACAGGAAGCCAGAUCUGCGAAAGCAUACAGAGAUGAACUUGAUGCCAUGAGAGAAAAAGCUGAAAAAGCAGAAAAAUUAGAAAAUGAAGUCCAACGAUUUAAAGAUAAACUUAGCGAUAUUGAUUUUUAUAAGACAAGAGUUCAAGAACUAAGAGAAGACAACAGAGUUCUACUCGAGACCAGAGAAAUGUUAGAAGAUCAAUUACAAAGAGCCAGAAGAAGGAGUGAUCACGUUUUUGAUUUGGAAGGUGAAAUAUUAAAAUUAAAUCAACAAAUAAACGAAUUGACUCUUGAAAGAGACGCCAAGGAUAAAAAGUUGGAAAAAUUAUAUGCGGAAAAUGCAGAAUUGCAAAUUUUAGCACGAUCGGUACUUCACGAUGAAUCGGUAGUGAAAUCUGAUAGCGAUUUAGAAGAACCUGUCAGUUCGGGAGAUGCCAGUUGGUCUGAACAGUUAACGAGCAAUGCAACAGCACGUGCACUCCGACUAGAAUUGGAAAAUAGAAAAUUGUUGUCGACGAUAGAAAAUUUAAAAGAAACGUCGUUUCACGAGAGUAGCAAUAAAAUAUUAGAACUCGAUAAAGAGAAUAAAAAAUUAAGCAUAAACAUCGAACAAUUGGAAGAUACGUGCAAAAGGUUAACGUCGGAAAAUAAAGAAUUGGAAUUGAUCGUUAAAGAUUCACUCCAGGAAAAUAGAAAACUUCAAGAAGCUAAAGAAGGUCUUAGGCAAACGAUAGACCGUCAACAGCAAGAAUUACAAGAUGGACGAAAGCAAAUCGUUUCGUUAAAAAAUGAAAUCGACGAGUACGUUAAGAAAGUUGAGGUUUUGACGAAUAAAAUAACGGAUUUAGAAGGUUCGAGUACGGAAAUCGAACUGUGGAAAACUCAAUCCGUUUUAGUUCCGUGCCUGCAAGAAGAAUUGGCAUCGAUGAAAAACGAUUUAUUGAAUUUGGAAAAGGAGUUGCAAAUAUCACAGAGAGACGUUAAUAGAUUUAAAGAAACCAUAGAGGAAAAAGAUGUCAAAUUGGAUGAUUUUGUGAACAAGGCAGAAGCUCACGUUAAAGAACGAGAACAAUUUAUUAAAGAAUUAGAAAAUGCAAAAUGGCAGACGACAAGGCUUCACGAAGUGGAAAGAGAAAGAGACGAACUCGUAUCGAAAGCUGCAAUCACGGAAGAAACUUUAAACGUUUUAAAAGCCGAACUUGUGUCGGAAAAGGUUAAUAAUCAACAUUUGAAAAACGGACUUGAAAAAUUGGGUUUGAAACCGGAAUUGCUUUUCGACACGGAAUCCACGGUUGCCAACUUAUUAACGAUACCCGAAUUGAAAGAUUUACUGACGAAAGAAAUACGAUUAUCGUGUCCCAAAUGCAAGGAUGGUAAUAAAACGGAAAUGAAUUUCGAUGAAGAUUUCGAUGAGGGGAAAGGUCAAAAAGAUGAAUUGAAAAAUGAAUUGGCCGCUUUGCAAUCGGCAGCGGAUGCCAUGCAAUCUGAUAAUGCUCAUUUGGAAGUCGUUAUGGCAACACUGCAAUCGCAAAUAACUUCGCUCACGGCACAACACACGGCUCUUCAAUUGGCCAAUUCUCAACUCGUGGCCGAAAAAGAAGAAUUGGCAAAAAAAGGAGCGAAUCAGCAAGAUUCGUAUAAUCAAUUGCUUAAAGAUCAGAUAGCUUUGCAAUCGUUGCACGAACAACUUUCUUCCGAACACGAAAACUUGUUAAAAGAAAAAGAAAAUUUGCGUCAAGUUCAAAAAGAUUUAUUGAAAGAAAACAAGUCUUUGAAAGAUGUCGUCGCGAAACAAGAGGCCAUCAACAGUAGCACGAAACAAGAAAAAGAUGCUUUGGUCGCGGAUUCAAUUUCGCUCACCAAUUUAAGAGCGGAGCAUUCCAAACUCAAGGAUGAUUUUCGUAAUUUAUUUACGGCAAAUGAAAAAGUCAAAACGGAAUACAGAGCCAUACAGGAGGAGUAUAAGAAUUUGAGAGGGGAAGCGAGCAAUUUGAGGUUGAGGCACACGGAAUUGCAGGGAGAAACGGCGACUCUAUCGGAUCACGCGACUCACCUUCAGGUACAAUUGUCGAAGGUCGCGAAUCAAAACGAAAUGCUGUUGCAAAUGAAUUCGAAUCUCGAAGAGGAUCGAAGGUCGCUCAUGAAACACGCGUCCAUGCUUUUAUCACAGUAUCACGAAUUGUUGACGCAUUCGCUCGAAGACAAGCAACAUUAUCACGCGGAAGAGAAAAUAUUUUCCGAUAAAUUGAAUCAUUUGAGUCGUCAAAAGGAAAAACUCGAAGAGAAAAUAAUGGAUCAUUAUAAGAAAUUGGAAAGUUGCACGAAUAAAAAAAAAGGAUUCGGUGCCAGUCUGGUGAGAAGAGUUAGAAAAGCAGGAACGGAUUUGAUUAACAUGAGCCGAAAAUCGUGGCACGAAGAUUCGAGGCCUCCGUCGUCGACUUUACUACUACAAGAAUCAGAAUCUGGAGGAAACGAGUCGGAUGGUAGCGUCGAUGAUCCAACAAGACAAGAUGAGGGAGUAUCAUCUCAAACCAUAGGUUUUCCAAACAUAUUAAAUCAACAGGGAGCUGGAACGAGGCAAACCGUCUACUAUAACAAUAACGAAUCAUCAUCAUCAUCAAAGACUGACGUGCCAGAAUCCCCGACGACGACGACGAAAAAGGACGAACCUUCUGCCAAUCCUCCGACGUUUCUCGUCUACAAUCGAGUCAACACGGUUCUCGGUGGAGACGUGGGCGUUCACAACAAACCACCGAGUCCGAACAACAGCAUACGUUCCCAUCGGUCACAAUCGGGAACGAUGUCGCACAAGUUGAGUCCUCCACCUCCUCCUCCUCCCACCUCCUCGGACGAUUCCAAAAGGAAAAGUAGAAAAGAAAAUUCAAUUUGGUUCGAAUACGGUUGCGUUUGA